UCGUUAACUGCUACAUUUCUUUCAGUGUUGUACUGAACAGUACAACAGCAGCAAAGGAGGUUUUAACAAUGAGCAUGUCAGGGCUUUCAGCUUUUUCUCUUAACCUGCUUGUCUAUUUUUUGCCUAUAACUUCGGCAAUCGUUGUUCUAGAUUUUAACCGCGUGGAGACAUGCAAGGAUUCCCUGUACAUGGGAACUCCACCACGGGGGAUCAUUGACACCAAACUGAAGAAGAUCUGCCAGUGGUACGCAGACAAACCUCGCUAUGUGACCCUGUACGACCCCGUAAAGAGGAUCCCAGUGUAUUCAGCCUACACAUUCAAGAAAACCGAGGCGGACAGACGUGUUGACUAUCCCUGGAUGUAUGAACCACAGUUGGCUGAAAAUGAUGGAAAUGGAAAUAUGCAGCCCUUCCCUACUGGGUACCUGCACAUGAAGUUUGAGGACAGCCAGGCAGUGCUGGACGACUACUCUGACGUGGUUCUCUAUGAAAGAGGUCAUUUAAACCCAGACCAACACCAGUCCACCCCACAAGACCGUGCAGCAACAUACACCCUGACCAACGUGGUUCCUGAGAUACGCGAGUUCAACAUUGGGCCUUGGCGUGAGUACGAAGAGCGAAUUCGAAUUCGCCUCAACAACUUCUGCCGUGGUACUGCCUACAUAGUCACUGGAGUGACCACCAGAGGCAACAUGAUCCGUCGCAACAACCAGGACCGUGUGGCCAUCCCUGAAGAUGUGUGGUCCGCCUACUGCUGCACUGAAUAUGACCGCAACUCACCACAUAAUGUUCGGAUCCGCUUCCCAUCUCAUGCUGCUUUGGCCAAAAAUGCUAAAGAUGGAAACAGUGUCCAUGAGAUGUCACUCCAGGAGCUGGAGAUCUAUCUGAAAAAUCAUAUGGAAGUCGACCAAAACUUUCAGAUCUUCUAUGACAACUGCAUCUCACCGUCACCACUUCCUAUUUACCUGCAUCACAUCAUCUGAGAGCUUACCAUCCCUCCUGUGAGGAUGCAGGCGUCUGUUUAAAAUUAAGUAGUAUUUUCUUGGCCAGAAAUGAAAUAAAGUAAAAGUUUAAUCACUGACAUUAUGUAUGAUUUACCGUGUAUGGUUUUGCAUCUUAUUUUAUUAAUCAUCAAUUGUCUUUUUU